AUGUGGUGCCCCGGCGUCGACAACGGGUGCAGCAACAGGGCCAAGGACGGCUGCGACGGCUACUGCGGCACACAUUACAACGUGAUAUUGCGCCGCCUGGGCGGCGGUGGUGGCGGCGGUGGUGGUGGCGCCAGCCGCAGCGCCUUGGCCAGCGCGGCGCCUGCUGAGCUGCUGUGCCCCGGCGUCGACAACGGGUGCAGCAACAGGGCCAAGGACGGCUGCGACGGCUAUUGCGGCACACAUUAUAACGUGAUACUGCGCCGCCUGGGCGGCGGCGGUGGUGGCGGCAGUGUCGGCGCCAGCCGCAGUGCCUCGGCCAGCGCGGCGCCUGCUGAGCUGCUGUGCCCCGGCGUCGACAACGGGUGCAGCAACAGGGCCAAGGACGGCUGCGACGGCUAUUGCGGCACCCACUACAACGUGAUACUGCGCCGCCUGGGCGGCGGCGGUGGUGGUG